AUGAAGUCGCCAGUCCCCCCUGCCCUGAAGCCAGCGCCCCCGAUCGCUGGUGUCUCUGCGCCUCCGGCUCCGGACCUCGAGACGUGUGGGGCUCCAUUGUCUCCCCUGCCUGCCCCGUCGGCCCUUGUUGCUGAGCCGGGCCAUCCUGCUCCUGUUGCGGGUCCCGCGCCAGGUGCUCCUGAUCCGCCGGUUGUCCCUGUGAAUCCUGCGGCGCCGCUCGCCGCUGUCGAUCCUGGUGUUGCGCCGCCCGUGCCUGAGCUCCCUGCGGCGCUCCCCGCCGUGGUUGUCCCUGUUGCGACCGACGCGGCUGUUGGUUCGUCGCCGAUGGCGGUGUCCGCCACCACUGGCGGCCAGGGCCCGACUGUGGCGCCAGCGGGGGCCGUCCAGCCGGUCCUUGUUGCUGCAUCUGCGGGUCAUCAGCAGGGCCAACGCUCCUCUCGCCCGCAUUCUCCUGCGCCCCGUGAGGAGCGGGAGUCGUCACGACGCCGCCGCGAUUCCCCCCAGCGUAACCGCUCGAAGGCGAACUGGCAUGCGGAACAUGGCGGUCGUGGGGGAUGGGCGGGAGGUCGUGGUUAUGGCGGCGGCUCGGCGUAUGUUCAGCCGAUCUCGCUGGCGGAUGUGCAGCGUGUUGUCUCAGCGGCGAUACGUGAGGAGAGGGCGGUGCAGCGCCGAGGAGCGGCGACGGCACAGUACCCGCCUCUGCUGCCUGCUGAUCCAGCGCCCCCAUCUGCUCUUGAUGCACCACUCCCGACCUUGCCUGGGCCCCCUCGCAUGGCUAAAGUCCCGGAGGCGAGCCUGGCGCAGUUGUGGCGGCUCUGUGAGGCCCUUCGCGCCGUUCACCUGAUCCAGGUGUACAGUCACGCUGCUCUGUUCCAGGGGAAUUCCCUGGACGGAGGCCCUCGGGACGAGUGCCUCGAUGCGGCGGAUCGGCUCGCCGAUAUCCUGGCGCCCGUGCUGGCUGCGCCCGCGCGGGGUGUAAUUGCGGGUGUUGGGCAGCUUGGUACGGCUGUCCGAGGGUUGAAGCGGGUCCUGCGCGCUGGUACUGGCGACGAAGUGAUCGGCGCAAGCGCGGCGGUGGUGUGGGAGAUUCACCGCUCUCAGACUGGGCUCCUUGCGGUUCAUGACGCGGAUCAGUUCUAG